UACCAUGAUUGAACUAUUUGAGAAGACUAUUAGAUCGUACAAAAGCAUAAAUGAGUGAUAUCUAAAGUCAUUUAAUGUGAAUGAAGGAAUUUGUCCAUCGGCCACCACUCGAGCGAGAUGAAAAAAAAAUAACUUACAUGGCUACCGUAAACAAUUAAGGGGAGAGGGGAUCGCCUUGACGAAGCCCGUUCGAUGUCUACAAUACCCACGUGAUCCACCAUUGAAAGAGACACUUAGAAUUAGAGUAGCUACACAAGCCUUAAAUUGUUCGACAAUAUCGUAAGGGAAUGAGCCAAUAACAUAUAGAAAAGCGAGCAAGAAUCUCCAACUAACAGAGUCAACUGUUUUCAUGAGACCUAUCUCCAGGACACAACAUGGAGAAACUGACAACUUAUGAUUAUCCUUCACAAGUUCAGUGAGCAUAAAAUCAUACAUUGUUUUGAAAUCCGUUCGAUCCAUAACGAUGCUUCGCGAGUCACUCAUUACGAAAAAUGUCAUUUCAAUCGUUUGUUCACUUAGUAAAUUUGAUCCUUUAUGGACAUCUGAUUCGAAUGUGAUCAAAUAAGUUUUUGGAUAGGUGUGUCAGCUGAUAAAAAUAAGUUAAAAUAAUAAUUAAAUUAUAUUAAAUAGAUAAUUAAAAAUAUUUUUUUUAAAUUUCAUAAAUUUCAUGAUUUUAUUGUCUUUCACAGUGAAGCACAACGAAUUUUUACCUCUUUGCAACUUGUAGUUGCAAGAGGUAGAUUCAACACUAACUUAAAGUGGGAAAGAUGGAAUGAAAAGCGGGAAGGGUGGUGGCAGUCAUCAAAGUGAAAGUUUGAAAGAGAAUUAGGAUGUCGUAUGUCCAAUGCUGACAAUUAAAGGGUAAAGCGGAGUAUAGAGAAUUGUGAGGCAGGAGUUGUAAAUUUUUUUUCCCUUGCGACACUCAACGGAUAGAAAAAGAGAUGAAAAAUUAUGAAUGAAAAUGGGUAAGGGCAUGAGUAGGUUUUAAUAUUGGUGGAAAUGAAUUUUUAUUUUUAGUCAAAUAAAAAAAGGUAAGUGAUGCAAUAAAAUGUUUAUGCAAAUUAUCGAUCGAGUAGUAUAGAUAAGUAUAUUAUCGUCCCACAGAGAUUGACAAGGAUGUUUUGUAAAAAUUAAAUGGAAAGCAAUAACUAAACUAGAAAACAAGUUGGAAAUUAACUUCAAGAAAAUUCUAUAAAAGAAGUUCCCAGAAAAGACGACAUGGACUUCACUAUGAGCCUAUGAAGAGAGUAGGGAUGGCAAACCAGCUCCGCCUCGGUGGAUUUUACCAGAUCUAACCUACAAAUGGGAUGGAUAAAAUGCAACCCGUAUUUGAACAUGCGGAUCUCGACUCACUUCGUUGUUAAAGCAAGGCAUACAUGGAUUCUGCCUGUUACUUUUUUUUAAUACAAAAGUCGCCAAGUCAUCAAAAACGUUAAUCCAAUAAGCAUUAAUCACGAUGUCGUUAAAUUUCACGGAGUGACUAUAUCUGUAUAUUUUUAAUAAUUGACUAUUAUUGCCACAAAGUGCGGUUAUGAAGGCCAACUAUUUUUUAUCACCAACUAGCUUGGUGCCCCCGGCCUUUGGCCGGGUGUGAGAUGUGAGAGGAAUUUGUUUGUGAUUGUGUUAUUUGCAUAAUUUGUUUACUUGUCUUGCUUUGCGUGUGCUACAAAUUUUUUCAAAUAUAUUCAAAGGAAUCUUUGUUUGUGACUGGCAAGUGUAUUUUACACCAAAAUAAAAAAAACAAAUAUAUAUUCAUAAAACAACCAAAUAUUAUUCACAUUGUUUAGGUACUGAUGAUUCGUUACGUUACACCUUCAGAACUUAUUGAUAACUACAUACACUUAGCUGAAAGCUAUUGUUCUAGUUUCCACGAAGAAUUGGCUUGCGUGAGUAGUAGGUGAGGCUGGAAAAGGUUAUGUUGAAGUUUUUGAGUUGCAUCGUAUAAGCCUAUAAGGGAAUCACAGAUACUACCAAGAGGUACAUAUGCCUUCAAUCGACACAGACCUGCAAAAUGACAUAAGAAUGAACAUGGUAAAUUUCUUAACGCCAAGCAAGGAUGAACAUGGUUCCACUAUGUUGGCAUUUGAAUCAAAAUUGUGCUUUCUCCUAAACUCUAGGACUUAUUGUUUGGGAUCUUAUCUAAAAUGGUGGUGUCAGAGAUAUCAGUAGCAUGUUUAGCUAUGAAGCAUCAAUACACCAUUGUUAUGAUGAGUAUUAGAGUAAUUAGGUUACCAAGGGUGUCACGUGGAUGAAAUGAAGAUUGAAAUCCAUGGUAGCAAUAUAAUGAAACACAGUUGGAAGCUUUGUCACAGCGAGAAGAUGUAUACUUUAAAACUCAGAUACUCUCAAAGCAUCGAAUGAACUACAUUCAAGAUGAAAAGCUUCUGAAUAUGUUAGAACCUAACAUGAAAACUGAGGGAGUAAGAACUGUAACCUUAUGUCGAACACUGGCCCGUGUAGUUGCAGUAUUCGGAGACAAAAGAGCAUAAGAAGAUAGAAAAAAUAAGCAACAAAAUGAGGGGAAAGGAAGAAAGAGAGCAAAAGUUACUACUUUAAGAGAUAUGUGAAGAAAUAAGAGCAGGGGGGAAAAGACCCUACUACUGCAAAAGGAAAGUACAACAUUUCAGGUUGGAUAAUGAGGACAAUUUGAUCCGACAAUGAUUAGAAAAGUUUGUUAAAUCCGAAGUCGGCUCUAUUUGCCCGACCCAAUCUAAGCAGGCAACAUGAUGGAUGCUGCAGAGGUACAAUGAAGAAAGAACCUACUCAAUAAUCCCAAUUUGAAACUUGAGAAAACAGAUUCAAUCGAACAUAACAUAAUAUAAAGUGGAAUAGGCAAGCAUCUAAGUGAAUUCAAAUACCAUAAUGAAAGAUCACAACACUGAUUAUGAUUUUCGUGCAUGCAUCCCACAUGGUACUCUGCACAAAGGGUGGCUACAUUUAAAUCCAAUAUUAGAGCAACAUCAUAAACGUAGAAAACAAAAAAAUAAAUCAUGAGAAACGCAAAAGAGUUGAGAGGAUUGCGUAAAGAUAUUUAGGAAGGCAAGAAGGACGUACUAUCUUGGAUUGAAAGGCGGCCUUUUUUUCAUGGGUGAAAGGUGGCCUUCAUGUGGUUGGUAAAUGCGAAUCAUCUGUAGAAUUUGGCUUAGCGGGCGGGAAUUGACAGGGUAAUAAGGGGCGAAGCGGCGGUGACGACAUCUUAGUAGUAAGAGCAGCCGAAUCCCCAAUGAAAUAUGAAUGGCAGCCCAGAAUUGACGUUGAACUUGGAUAAAUUGAUGGAAUAGAAUUGUGUCUGAUUGGAGUAGCGGAAUCAACGCCAGAAGUGAAACAACUAAGCAAAAUCGUCAGUGAAAUUGGGGCUAAUAGAUGGUUCCGGCCUCUGUUUGCAGAGAGAAGUCGAAUCCCCGCCAGAAAGACAAUGUAAUAUGAAAAGGCUCCAACACCGAAAGAUAUAACUGGAGAGUAGUGAUUAGUGAACGAAAGUUGUUUGCAUAUCUGGGAAUGAAAAUCUCGCUGGACGAAUGAGAGGAAGAGAGAUUUGGGGGGGGGGGGUGUCGUCGUAACGCUGGUUGGUGUGUGUGCUAUCAAAAGCCUGGUGCUGGCAAAAGUCUAUUGUGGUGUGGAUGAUGUUUUUGGUGUGUGCGAUGAGAAUACUGAAGGGGAUGUAAGUUACUGCAGAUUUGAGGGGAAGGAGGCCAUUGGCUUCAACAGAGACGAACGGAGACGACGAUUCCAAAAGAAAGAGGCGCCAUACAAAAGAAUUUUAAUAUUUUUCAAGAAAAAAGAAAAAUGGAAAAGUCACCUCCGAAGUUUGCGGGGAAGCUUUCCCAGAGAAAGCGCUUUAUAUGAUUUAGUGAUGAUGAUUUUAGGGCGGGCUUUUACGCGGGCCUAUUUUUGAACACUAUGCGGGCCUAAUUUCAGCAAGAGGGCUUUCUUUGUGUUUCCUUGCUGUCCAACUCCAACUACAAAGUCUGUUUGGCGCCACAAAGCAUCACUUCCCUUCCCUUCACUGCUCCACACUCAUCUCCUUUCACUCCACAAUUGCAGUCUUCGAGGGAACCUAGCAGCCAGCAAAUCACCACAAAGAUCCAACGACGCUACACAUCGGUGGUAGCAGCAGCAGAAGAAGAAAAAGGAGCGCUAAGGGUAAAAAGAUGGCAGACGUCAGCUCGCCGAUGGACAUAGACCACAACGGCGAGAAGCCGAACAAACCCAAUUCGUCAUCAAAAGGCAAAACCGUCGUCGUCGACGGCACUCCUCCUGCUCAUCCCAAGUCUACACCCUGGGUCGAGAAGUACCGCCCUCAAUCACUCGACGAUGUCGCCGCUCACCGUGACAUUAUCGACACGAUUGAAAGGUUGACGAACGAGAAGAAAUUGCCGCAUCUAUUGUUGUAUGGACCUCCUGGUACGGGGAAAACGUCGACAAUACUCGCUGUGGCGCGGAAGCUCUACGGCUCUGAAUACCGUAAGAUGAUUCUUGAGCUGAAUGCGUCGGAUGAUAGAGGAAUUGAUGUUGUGCGGCAGCAGAUACAAGACUUUGCUAGCAGUCAGAGCUUCUCAUUCGGUCCUAGGGCAUCUGUGAAGUUGGUUUUACUCGAUGAGGCUGAUGCCAUGACUAAGGAUGCACAGUUCGCAUUGCGCAGAGUGAUUGAAAAAUACACAAAGAGUACUCGGUUUGCACUCAUCUGUAACCAUGUUAACAAGAUUAUUCCGGCACUACAAUCUCGAUGCACACGAUUUCGAUUUGCUCCACUCGAUCCUGUUCAUGUCACUGGACGAGUGAGACACGUCAUAGAGUCUGAACGGCUUGAUGUGACUGAAACUGGCUUAGCAGCACUUGUACGGCUUAGCAGCGGUGACAUGAGAAAGGCAUUGAACAUUUUGCAGGCUACACAUAUGGCCUCACAGCACAUUACAGAAGAAGCUGUGUACCUCUGCACCGGAAAUCCAUUGCCUAAAGACAUUGAACAAAUAUGUUUCUGGCUUCUCAACGAGCCGUUUUCAGAUGGUUUCAAACAUAUUGCUGAAAUGAAGAACCGAAAAGGAUUGGCUAUGGUGGAUAUAGUAAGAGAAGUAACAAUGUUUGUUUUCAGGAUCAAGAUGCCAUCAGAUGUACGGGUCAAGUUGAUCAAUGAUAUGGCUGACAUAGAGUACCGGUUGACUUUCGGGUGCAAUGACAAGUUGCAGCUUGGCUCCCUUAUUGCUUCUUUCACCGGAGCUCGAUCUGCUCUAGUUGCCGUGGCAAAGUAGAAUGCCAUUGUUUAACCUUUCCCCAGGCGUCGCUCCUGGAUGAAAAUCUGCUUCUGGAGGUCAAACAAGUAUUGAAUGUAGAUUGUAGAGCAGCUGAAUGAAGCCCUACUGUAAACUAGUUGGUAUGUUUUCCUUUUUUUUUUUUUUUUUUAUUUAUCCUGGACGGAUUCGAGAAAUAGUACUGGCUAGGAGUUCCAUCUGCUAAUCACAAACACGAUAAACAAAGAUUAAUUUU